AUGGUGCGCAAAGGGGAGAAGUCCACCGCCACCCUGCUCAGGACUCUGGCCGACACGCUCCGCUGGCAAACUCUCCGCGCCGUCACUUUGGUGCGUUCGGUGUGA